AUGGAGUCAGUACUUCCUACCAAGGGCACUGGUAUCGUUACCUGCGUUCCAUCCGACAGCCCUGACGACUACGCGACUAUUAUGGAUCUCGCAAAGAAAGCGGAUUACUACAAGAUUAAGAAGGAAUGGGUUGACGUCAAGAUUAUCCCUCUCAUCCAAACCCCAUCCUACGGAAAUCUUAGCGCCAAGUUCUUGGUUGAGAAGCUAAAGAUCUCAUCUCCUAAGGAUACCAAGCAGCUUGCAGAAGCAAAGGAGCUUGUAUACAAAGAAGGCUUCUACCAAGGUGUGAUGUGCUAUGGCGAAUUCUCAGGCGACAAAGUCGAAGUGGCCAGACCAAAGGUCAGCCAACAACUGCUGCAUUAUAGGAAUGGAUUUGCCUAUGCCGAGCCAGAAAGGCAGGUUGUCAGUCGCUCCGGAGAUGAGUGCUGUGUUUCUCUUAUGGAUCAAUGGUAUCUCGACUAUGGAGAGGAUUUCUGGAGGAAACAAGCUUUGCAGUAUCUGGACAAUUGCAACGGCGAAGGACUCAACACAUCUUCCCAGGAGACUAAGAACGGAUUUGAGUUUGAGGGGGUGCUUAACUGGCUCAACCAAUGGGCUUGUGCUCGAUCUUACGGUCUUGGCUCAAAGCUUCCCUGGGAUCCUCAAUUCUUGGUUGAGAGUUUAAGCGAUAGUACCAUUUACAUGGCCUACUACACUAUUGCUCAUUAUCUCCAUUCUGACAUCUUCGGAAAGAACCCUGGACUGGCUGGUAUCAAGCCUGAGCAAAUGAUUGAUAAGGUUUGGGAUUAUGUAUUCGCGCGAGGCGAUAUCAGUCAAGAUAUUCUAAAAGAGAGUAACAUCUCGAAGGAUAUCCUUAACUCGAUGCGUAGAGCGUUUGAAUACUGGUAUCCUUUGGACCUCCGAGUAUCUGGUAAGGAUCUUAUUCCUAACCAUCUUACUUUCUUCCUCUAUAUCCAUAUUGCCCUCUUUCCGCCCCAGUAUUGGCCAAAGAGCAUUCGUGCUAAUGGACACUUGCUGCUUAACAGAGAGAAGAUGAGCAAGUCAAUUGGAAACAUUAUGACUCGUAACGACUUAGUCGGCAAAUACGGAGCCGAUGCUAGUCGAAUUGCGUUAGCAGAUGCAGGUGAUGGGGUUGCUGAUGCUAACUUUGAGGAGGAUGUCGCUGAUACAACUGUCCUGCGUCUCUUUAACUUGCGUGAAUGGUGUGAAGAGCAAGUUAAAGACCAAGACAGGCUCCGAACCGGUCCUAAGAACGACUACCUCGACGCUCUCUUCGAAAACGAGAUUCACAGACUGGUGCAUGAGGCAAAGAAGCAUUACGAAGACACUAACUAUAAGCUUGCGCUUAAAUCCGCCUUUUACGAUUUCACCGCCGCCCGCGACUUUUAUCGCGAGGCAAGUGUUGCAGCAGAAAUCAAGAUGCACAAAGAUGUCGUUUUCCUAUACAUUGAGCUGCAAGCACUUAUACUCGCUGUCCUCGCGCCGCAUUGGUCAGAGUACAUCUGGCUCGAGGUCUUGAACAAGCCGGGCACGAUCCAAAACGAACUUUACCCAGAAGUGCACCUCCCCAAGGCCUCCCUGACCGCGAUUCAUGAAUACGUCCGCCAGACGUCCUCGAAGAUCACGUCUACAGAAGCCGCACAGCAGAAGAAGCACGCGAAGGGCAAAGAUAUUGGCUACGACCUCAAGAAGCCCAAAAAGCUCACCGUCUUUGUAGCAGACGGAUUUCCUGCCUGGCAAGAAAAGUACAUUGACCUGGUCAGGGAAGCCUGGAACCCAGAAACGAGGAGUAUGGAUGAUAAGGAGUUGAAUGGGAAGAUUGCGAAGAUGGGCGAGAUGAAGAAAGCGAUGCGUUUUGUGCAUGUGAAGAAGAGGCUGAUGGCGGGCGAGAAGCCGAACGUAGUUUUCGAGCGGAAGUUGGCAUUCGACGAAAUGGCCGUCCUGAGGAAUAUGAUCCCAGGACUGAAAAAAGCGGCGGGUUUGGCGUAG